UUAAAAACCAAAGAGUGAAGAAUCGAGAUCGAGAGAGAGAGAGAGAGAGAGCCAAAAAACGAAUAUGGAGUGGAAUCAUGGGAGUUACCUAAGACCAGUACCCCCUUUUGUUUCUCCCCCAGAUAAUUCCAUGGGUUUUCUCUACAACUACUAUGACCACCACCCAGGCUUAAACAUGAUGAAGUAUCCGGCGGUGGUGGGGCAAGGGUCGUCGGCACACGCAUUGGGGAGUGGAUCAAUGAAAGAUGUGAUGAUGAUGAGUGGGAAUGCUCGUGAUCAGAUGGGGGAUCAGAAGAAGAAGAGGCUGAGCACCGAGCAGUUCGACUCGCUGGAGAGUAGUUUUCAGGAGGAGGUGAAGCUGAACCCUGAGAGGAAGAUGAAGCUGGCCAAGGAGCUGGGGCUGCACCCGAGACAAGUGUCGAUUUGGUUCCAGAACAGGAGGGCUAGGUGGAAGGCUAAGCAGCUGGAGCAGCUCUACGAUAGACUUAAACACCAGUUCGAAGUUGUUUCUAAUGAGAAGAAACAGCUCAAACGUGAGUUUGAUGUUGUUUCUGGGGAGAAUAAGCACCUCCAAGAGGAGGUUUCGGCAUUGAAAGCCAUGCUGAAGGAAGUCACGACAGCCAUGAAGAAUCAUCACCAGGUGAUCUCCGCAGAGAUCUCUGGUGAAGACACAGUGGAGAGCACGUCCGUAGGGAAUCGGAACUCGUUACUGUUGACUCGUCACCAGCAGCAGCAGCAGCAGACUAUCGCCCCUAAUGAGGAUCAUCAUCAGGUAAACAACUAUCACGCCUUCAGUAUUGCCGAUGACUACAACCCGGUGGAGGUGAUGCCGCCACCGCCGCAGCUGGCCAAUUACUGGAAUAAUGUUACGCCCUCUUCUUAUUCUUAGAUUUUUUUUCCUUAGCUUAAUUAGAUUAUCUCUAACUUGGGAGUAGGACUAGGUUAACUUGCUUUUUAUGCCUCGGGACAGAUGGCUGGAUACAGAUCAAGAUACUGAUGUUUAAUGUGUAUGGGUCUCGUAUAUGUCAAUCGUUGCGAGACCCACAUACAUCAAACGAUUCGGACCAUUUUGAGUGAGAUAAAUCUGUGUCUAGACAUCUUUA